AUGGGAUGGUCUUUGAUACUAUUCGACUUUGAUCUUCUUGACCAUCCCCUUUGCUGCCACCCACUAAUGAGUCCUAUCUUUCAGGCCUCUCUCUACUUCUUGUGUGAAAAUGGAUAUAUAGCUUGCUCUUCUUGUUGUAUUAAGCUGAUGAGGAAUAAAUGCACUUCGUGCACUUUGCCCGUUGGUAUUUAUCGAUGUCGAAUACUGGAGAAACUUGUGGAAGCAGUCAUUCUCACAUGCCCAAACGCCAAGCAUGGCUGCACCAAGAAGUCCUCCUAUGGCAAAGAUUUAGUCCAUCAAGAAAAUUGCGGUUCUACUAUGUGCUAUUGUCCUGCACCAAACUGCAACUACACGGGCAUGUACGAGGAUCUCGACAAUCAUUUCACGGUUUGGCACAACGAUAGUUACUCAUCAAGGUUCAUGAACCGCAAGUGGUGA